AUGGAUGAGCCCCAGAAGAAACUCAGCCCCCGGCACGAAGGACGGCCCCGCAAGGUGAGGUUCAAAAUAUCCUCAGCUUACAGCGGUCGAGUGUUAAAACAAGUCUAUGAGGACGGGCAGGAGCUGGAGCCCCCGGCCAAGGAGCACUCGCGGCGGUUCCUGCGCCACAGCUUCGAGCCAGAGGACCAUUUCUGCGGGGCUGGGGAAGCGCUGGAGAACAGGUUCUACUGGCCCACGGCGCUGACUGCCCAGCGGAUCAGCAUCUUCAGAGAGGAUCAGGAACACAGUCUCACGGCGACCUCACCCCUGCUCAGUGACUGCCAGCCCGGUGCCAGCCACUGCAGGGAGGGCGAUGCUGAACAUGGUUGUUCACAGUGUAAAGGCUCAGGCUCUGCUCCCUGCUCACUGUGCCAUGGAAGCAAGUUCUCAAUGCUGGCAAACAGAUUCAGGGAGUCCUACCGAGCUCUGCGGUGUCCGGCGUGCAACGAGAGUGGGCUGGAGCCCUGCCACAUCUGUACUGCCUGA